CGCCAUGGAUUGCAAAAAGUGCGCCCUACCAGUAGAAACGAGUAUUCAACCAUUCAUUCACUGCAAUGGGUUGUGUGCUGCAAUACACCACGCUGCUUGUGUGGGGUUGGAGACACCUAAUCUUGCUGCUGUAUCACCUCCAUAUAAAAACAGCUUUUGGUUGUGUGACGAGUGCAUCGACGAAUUUGUUUGCUGGAGAAAUGAUCGAAGCGCGAAUGCGAAGGAAUUAUCUUCUCGACCCGAGCUCUCGCUCAAUUCUGAACAACAAUCUGCACUACAACGCGAUGUCGAAGAGCUGAAGGGGAAAGUAUACUCUAUAGAGUCAAUACUGUCUACGCUAACUACUACUGCGAGCUGCCUCCCAAACACGGAGAUGAUGCGGCACUCAACUCCCAACUCAUCAUGGCAAUUCAGUAGAGAAAUGAGUGGAACAAACGCAUGCAAUGUAACUCCAAGUGUAUCUGCGGCUUCGGAACGAUUAACGGAAUCUGCUGUAGAUGAGAGUUUCGCAUUAUUGUUGACAAACAUCGAUGGGAACGUUUCCGAGGAGGAUGUCCAAUUGAUGGUCGCCCGAAGUUUAGGAGCCUCUGAUGCCGAGUGCAGAAACAUUAAGAAACUUGUUCCGCGAUGGGUUGAUUGUAGUACGCUUGACUACGUUUCGUUUAAAAUAAUCUUGCAUUGUAAAUGGAAACCGGCUGCAAUGAUGUCUACUACAUGGCCGAGAUAUGUAAAAUUUCGUGAAUUUAGGAGAAGAGAAUGCACUUGGAAGCCCGAUAAUUUGUGA